GGAGUCUGCGCAGUGAGGCCGGGUCACACUUGGGUGCAGCUCCGCUAGAGAAGGAAGCAGAGUUUCCGGCUGUUUGCAGCGGAGCAGGAGGAUUGCUGACGCCGCGAAACCCCGAGAAAAACGCCACCGGCUCGGGGGGCUAGUAGUUUCAAGCUUCGGUUGUUAUUAUUUUUUUCUUAUCAGGGGACCUGGGGGCAGAUACAUUUUCUACGGGACAGGGGGGACCUGAGCAACAAGCCAAGCGAAGAAGCUGCACAAGGCGGAGGUUAGCUACCAGCUACCGGCAUGGCUAGGGACUACGAUUACCUCUUCAAGCUGCUCAUCAUCGGUGACAGCGGAGUGGGAAAGAGCAGUCUCCUUUUGCGCUUCGCAGACAACACAUUUUCAGGUAGCUACAUCACCACGAUAGGCGUGGACUUCAAGAUCCGGACGGUGGAGAUCAACGGCGAGAAGGUGAAGCUGCAGAUCUGGGACACGGCGGGCCAGGAACGCUUUCGCACCAUCACCUCCACAUAUUACAGAGGAACGCACGGGGUCAUAGUGGUCUACGACGUCACGAGCGCCGAGUCCUUCGUCAACGUCAAACGAUGGUUACAUGAAAUCAACCAGAACUGCGACGACGUCUGCCGAAUAUUAGUGGGAAACAAGAACGACGACCCCAGCUCGAAGGUGGUUGAGACGACCGACGCGCAGAAGUUUGCAGAACAGAUGGGAAUCAGCCUGUUUGAGACGAGCGCGAAAGAAAAUAUCAACGUUGAAGAGAUGUUCAACUGCAUCACAGAGCUGGUGCUAAAAGCCAAGAAGGAGGUUCUAGCCAAGCAGCAGCAGCAGCAACAGAACGACGUGGUCAAACUCACCCGGAACAGUAAACGGAAGAAAAAGUGCUGCUAGCAAAAGCGAGCGGUGAACGGCCGGAGGCAUCUCCUCUCCACACACUCACACACCACACCAUGGGACUCAGAGCAUCUAAAUUAAAGAGCAGAUAAAGAUUUAAUGAAUAUACAGUUAAAAAAAGAAACAAAAAAAAAAAUAAAAUAAAUGGAAAUAUUGUCCCCUUUGGACAAACUAAUCAUGAAGACUUUAAAAAAACAGAAAAGGAAAGAAAAAAAAAAAGAAUUUG